CUUCCGUUCGAAGAUUGGUCGGUACUUUCCGGAGCCGCUCGGCAACACUCGUCACCUUUCACUGCGGCGCCUUCGCUGAGCGGACUGCCCCGCUGCUCUCAUCCAAGUGUUCAGCGCAGCCUGUCGGGUCCAGUCAACGACCAGUGUCGGCUCUCCGGAAGUUCUCGGCAACUGCAGAAAUGCAAGCUAUCAAAUGCGUUGUGGUCGGCGACGGGGCUGUGGGUAAGACCUGUCUGCUGAUUAGCUACACGACCAAUGCGUUCCCCGGUGAAUACAUCCCCACUGUCUUUGACAACUACUCUGCCAAUGUUAUGGUGGAUGGGAAGCCUGUCAAUCUGGGCCUUUGGGAUACAGCUGGACAGGAGGACUACGAUAGGCUCAGACCACUAUCUUACCCACAGACGGAUGUGUUCUUGAUAUGCUUCUCCCUGGUCAGUCCGGCUUCCUUUGAGAACGUCCGAGCUAAGUGGUACCCUGAAGUAAGACACCACUGCCCCAACACACCCAUCAUCCUGGUGGGCACCAAGCUGGAUCUGCGAGAUGACAAGGACACCAUUGAGAGGCUCCGGGACAAGAAGCUUUCCCCCAUCACCUACCCUCAGGGUCUGGCCAUGGCAAGAGAGAUUGGGGCUGUGAAGUACCUUGAGUGUUCAGCACUGACCCAGCGAGGCCUGAAGACAGUAUUCGACGAGGCCAUUCGAGCUGUGCUCUGCCCUCCGCCUGUGAAGAAGAGGGGAAAGAGGUGCACCAUGUUCUGAGAUAAGGAAGACGCUGCCGAAACAUGUCAACAACACCCGCUAGGAUGGGGGGGUAACUAGGUUGAGUGAGUGUGCACCGCUGAGAUCACUUCCUUUCUAUUGAUGUUUUUUCAACGCAAUAUUGGUAACAGGAUCAAUAUCUCCUCUGAUUGUUAUAACAUUACUGAAUAAGGUAAAAGACAUUGACUGUACACUUACUUUCUACUCUUAGAACCACACCGAGUUCCCAUGAGGGCUGAUUUUGGUUUCUAUUGCUCGUCUUAAGCAGCUUAGUCCUGUCUUUCUCAGUGCGCUUGCUUUUUGAAUGAAUGAAGUGUCGCCUCGCGAGUGAGUGAACUGUGAAUAAGUCUUAAGGUCGCUGAGAAACUCUUCGUUUUUAGAAACUUUUUCCAUCUUAUCACACCCAAAGGAGACAUUUGUUGACCAGACUUAAGAAAAAUAGAGAAUGCAUCAAUUUAUUAUGAGAAACAUGAGUCAAAAAGCUGUGGCACCCACAACCCACUUUGACUCCCUACCAUCACUUUGGGAAUCUCUGCAUGCGAAAAAUGACUGGUGAACCGGUCAGUAAAAUUUAAGCAGAGUGACGUUAAUGACAUAUUUUCAUGAGAAAAAACUCAUUAAAAUGUAGCUGUGAUAGGUGUAUUCAUUAACACAAAUAAAAACAAUUCUGACAAACUGUUUAACCAUAAUGAGUUGAUGAAAACAUCAGUUAAAAUGAGGGUGGAAAUUACCAUGUUUAUUAAGAGGAAUACAAAUGAAUAUAAUUUAGUGUAUCGGUCAGUAAAGUUAGGAAUGCCAGGAAUCUAAAUACAAUAACAUAAUAAAACAAUGAUUAAAGCUACGCAAGAUUCUGGUUCGUUGUAGUUACUGUAUAUUUGUAUAUGUUUGGUAAUCAAUAAUCUCAUUGUCGGUAAUUACAGAUAUCAGAUUUUAGCACUUACCAUAUGAAGUUGGGACGGAUACUAUUUUAGUUGUUAGUUUUUACAGUGUUUAUUUUCAACACCUUUGAACCAACGCAAUUAACUAGUCCCAUCAGUUGAGUUGGUAUCUUUAUGUGACAAAUGUAACGUCAAAAUAACACAAAAAAUUGCAUUCAGUGGUCCUUUGCUGGCUGACAGAACAUUAUCCAAACCUCCAUUCAUUGCGGUUCAUCGAUUAUUACACACACCGGUUUAAUCGCACUGUCUAACAAAUGAAAGUGAUGAGGAUAACUGGAAUGAACCGGAUUUAUUCCCAAUAUAUUUGGUCAAAAGACUACUGAAAUUAACCAGAACUUUUUUUCAACUAAACUUUGCAUUCAAAGAUGCGACCUAAGAUCUUUUGUGAGGGCUGUUUACUUAAUCUCCUUUGACUGGACAGAUCCAGUUUAAAAAAAAAUCCUCAAAUUACCUGAUGGAUGUUUAUGUUGUUUCUUGUCAAACAUCCGCUGUUACCCGAGUGUUUUUCGGGUGUCUGAACUGUGAACAUGUGACAGACAAGCAUGCCAAACGUGGGGGCCGUACAACCUUGCUGCCUGAGUUCUGCCUCUGACGGUGAAGGAGUUUGCAUGAGUCUUCAAAUAUUCUAUCGUUGCUUUGAUGUUGUCAGUGUGCGCGUGUGGGGAAAAACAUUGUUUCUAUUAUUUUGGGGUAACUGCAUCAAAAAAGUAUUGUUUUUAAGCUAAGUUUUUUGUGACCGCUUUUUGUACUAUUUCAUAUUGUACUGCAGUAAUACACACAGCUGUCAACAGGAAUGGCAUUGACACCUACUGAUGUACAGAAUCAUUCUGAGGAAAGGAAUGCUUUACAAAUAUAUUAACGGGAAACUGCACUUUUUUGGAAUUUUGCUUGUCGUUCACAAUCACUAUGAAAGACAUGACGACGGACGGAUUUUUUAAAUACAUUCUAAAUAUGAAAUAAAAGUAAAUAGAAGUCCGCUUACAGCGCAGCCAAUAGGAGCUCCAUUAUUCCGCCCAUAAAAUUCAAUGAGUAAUCAUUCAAAAAUAAUAAUAAUAGAUUUUAUUUGUAAAAAGCACUUUACGUUGAGCAAACAACCUCAAAGUGCCACAGUGUAAAAAAAUAGUAAUAAUAAAAUAUAAAACUAGAAACAGCCCAAUAGCUACAACCAGCAUGCAUGUCUAUAGAAAGGCUUUUUUUUAAAAAGAUGGGGUUUUAAGCCUUUUUUAAAAGCAUCCACAGUCUGAGGUGCCCUCAGGUGGUCAGGGAGCGUGUUCCACAGACUGGGAGCAGCGGAGCAGAAAGCCCGAUCUCCCAUUGUUCGAAGCUUUGUCCGUGGAUGUUGGAGGAGGUUAGCCUGUAUUGAGCGGAGGUGUUGUGUGGAGGAUUUGGGGGUGAGCAGUUCCUUGAGGUAGAGGGGGGCAUUUCCAUGGAGGCACUGGUGAGUUAGUAGGGAGAUUUUGAAUUCAAUCCUGAAUGGAACAGGAAGCCAGUGAAGGGAUUUGAGAGUUGGUGUGAUGUGGUCAUGUUUCCGCACUCUCAUCAGGAAAAAGCGCCAACAAUAUCCCAUUUACAUUUCAUGACUUGAAUAUUAGCCAAGUAUCAGUAUCAUUGUUAUUAUAAGCGCUAACUCAGACAAACUAUUUAUUGUGGCUCUGUGAUAACGUCCGUAUGUCCCUAUGUUUCCAUCAUCGAGUGGUCUGCCGUUUCCUCGCUUCUUUGCUCCCUGUAAAUAAAUUGUAGAUCAUAAAUCAUGCCUUUUAACCUGAAAAGUAGAUGGCUAAAGAUAUAAUCCGACAAGUUGGGACACUUAAGGACCUGGAACUGUCGAGAACCACACGAAAAGCGUGAGGAUUAUGAGACAUUCUUCACCUAAAUGGGAAUAUAUGAACAUCCCAGCAGUCGGCAUCAUAAUGACAUCAGACCUCGUACAGUAAGUGAUGUGUUAUUAUGUUUUUUGGCUGCAGUGAGCAGAAAUCAGUGAUGAAGUAGGAAAAAAGCAAACCUGAUGCGUUUUUAAUGUGCCGCGCAUGCUUAAAAUGACAAAAAUAUGUAAAUAUUAAAUGUUAUUAUAAAUGUGCCUCUCACUACAUGACAUAUAAACAUACAUCAUGUAUAUAAAACUUUAAUGGAGGUGUUUGGAUGUUUUUAUGGUCUUUAUAGGCAGAAUUGAACGGCUCCCAUCUGCUCUAUUAUAAGCAGAUUUUUGAUCCAAUGUUUCACAUAUUUAGAUUGCAUUAAAACAAAAUCCAUCUGUCGUCAUGUCUUCCAUAAAGAUUGUGAACGAUAGGCAAAAUUCCCCCCCAAAAAAGUGCAGUUCCCUUCUAAUGUACCUAAAUAUAUGGUUAAUGGUACUCUAAAAUGAUGCAAAGUGAUCCAUGUUGAAGUUUUUCUGAUGAGGAUUGAUCUUCAUCCGUGGAAAUAAUGUUACCAUUUACAAAAUAAAUGCAUUUCUGUAUGGUCGCAGGGCGUCACUGUGCGUUAAAAUGAUUUCUUUAACGGCUGACAUUUCAUUCCAUCCAUCCAUGUGACUGUCACUCUCUGGUGAAACAGAUGCAGCACUUCCUUCACUUUUUGCUCAUGUUUAUUUUGGUCGGCAUAGCAAACUCUGUGGUUGAACAAUGACUAACGAAGGUGUCAAUGUGUACUGUAGCUGACAAACACAGCACCUAAUUACUACUGCAUGGACAUUAUCUGGGCGUUUGGCACACUGUAAUCCUUAGGUGAGGUUCAAAUGCAUUGGCCAUGUAUGUAUGUAUGUAUGUAUGUAUGUAAUGUAAGAUGACUUGUAUACGUGUUCCAACUGUCUGUUUUUUUUUUAUUGUUUUAUUAUUACUUCACGUCUGUGUGGUUUAAAUUUUUGAAAUACUAAAUGCAAAUGUAUAUGUA